CUUCACUCCUUAACCGUAAUCUCCCUUCUUUUUCUCUCUUCCAUCCUUUCCCAUUCUCUUUACUUCCCAAUCCCUCCCAAACACUUCAAAGGAAAAAAAAGGGAGAAGAACAAAGAGUAAUAUUAGAAUCAAACUUGAGUUUUGAACUCAAGGCUUUUGUUUUUUGUUUUGUUUCUCAAACGUGCCAAAAUGGAAGCUCGGAAAAUGGAGCGAAGAAAAACUAUGGCCAUGAAUUGGGAUGGCCUAUGCGAUGAUGACGACGAGUUCUUUGAAUCGAACAAUAGAAUAUCGUCUUUCGUGCCAGUCGACUUGGCUUCCUCGGGGUCUGAUGAUGACGAUGAAGAUUUCGAUGACUGCCGCAUUUCUUUCGCUUCCACGGUGUCAUCCGUUCCUACUCAGUUCCGAGCUUUUGCGACGACGGCUACCCCAAUGACUCCUAACUAUGAUAUCUGGAUGGCGUCUCCAGGGUCCAUUAGGGAGCGGAGACAGCGGCUUUUCCAAGGCAUGGGAUUAUCUCCUGACAAAGAACUUCUCAGUUUCAAACGAGGCGUUUCCAACAAGUUCCCUAACGUUCAGGUCCAGACAACAACCGAAGUUCCCGCAGCCGCUACAACUGUUUCCAAAGCAGACCAUCAUCAAAACAACGAAGAUUCUUCGAAACAGGAUUUGUCUCACUCUCCGCUUCCCAUCCUGUUCCCACGGUCCAGGUCCGAUGGUGAGAUCGAGUCUCUUUCGAUUGAAAAGAAAAGAAAAGAAGAGCUUCUUGGUUCCAUAUCGAAGCAACGCCUUACAAGAACAUCUUCUUUAAUAUCAACCCCACAUGCAAAAUUAUAUCCGUACCAUGAAAGCAUCAGAGCUUCCCCUAAAGAUUCAGGAAAUAGUCGUAUAAUUAAGCAAAGCGGUGGUUUAACCUCAAUUUUUUCAAAAAGUAGGUUCGGAGCUUUCUUCUUGAUUAAGAAUUUGGAUACAGGGAAAGAGUUUGUAGUUAACGAGUAUGAUCAAGAUGGGAUGUGGAACAAGGUGAGUGAUCUUCAAACGGGGAAGCAAUUUACAAUGGAUGAAUUUGAGAAAUGUGUUGGGCAUUCACCAGUGGUAAAGGAGUUAAUGCGCCGAGGAAGUCCUGCCAAUGAUCGAAAGUUCAAUUCGUAUCUUUCCAAGAGUUUGAGGGUGAGCAAGAGAAGAGGAGCAGCCAUGUUGAAAAGUAUAAAAGGGGUGGCCAAUUCUAUGAACUUGAGGGGGGAGAAAGAAAGGGAUAAUUUGUUAGCAAUGGAUCAAAAGAAUGUCAAGAAUGGAAAUAAUCAGUGGGUGAAAGUUAGACAAACUGGGAAAUCUUAUAAGGAGUUGAGUGCUUUACAUUUAUGUCAAGAAAUUCAGGCUCAUGAGGGAUCCAUUUGGACCAUCAGGUUUAGUACAGAUACAAGGUUUUUAGCGAGUGCUGGUGAGGAUAAGAUAAUUCAUGUGUGGGAAGUUCAGGAAUGUGAGAUUAUGUCGAUGAAUGAAGGGAAUUCAACCCCACUUCAUCCAUCGCUUGCAGGUUCACCACUUCAUCCAUCGCUUGCCGAUCAAUCAGGACUUAUGGAAGCUGCAGGUAAUCCACAUGAGAAGAAGAAGAAGGGAAAGGGCUCAUCUAAUAAAAAAAGCAAUCAAAUUCCUGAUUAUGUCCAUGUGCCAGAAACUGUGUUUUCGCUAUCAGACAGACCAAUCUGUUCUUUCAAGGGCCAUUCGGAUGAUAUUUUGGACUUGUCCUGGUCUAGAUCUCAGCAAUUGCUUUCAUCGUCAAUGGACAAAACUGUAAGGUUAUGGGACCUGGAAACGAAGAGCUGUUUAAAGUUAUUUGCCCACAAUGAUUAUGUAACCUGCAUACAUUUCAAUCCUAUGGAUGAAGAUUAUUUUAUAAGUGGGUCACUUGAUGCAAAAGUUAGAAUUUGGAACAUACCAAAUAGGCAAGUUGUUGAUUGGACUGAUCUCCAUGAAAUGGUUACCGCUGCUUGCUACACCCCUGAUGGCCAGGGUGCCAUAAUUGGUUCACAUAAGGGCAGUUGUCGAAUGUACAGUACUGAGGAUUGCAAAUUAACUCAGUUAGAACAAAUUGCCAUUCAAAACAAGAAGGUUAAUGCUAAAAAGAUUACUGGUUUCCAGUUUUGUCCAAUUUAUCCAUCUGAAGUACUCGUUACUUCUGCUGAUUCUCGAAUACGAAUUUUGGAUGGCUCAGAAGUCGUUUAUAAAUUUAAUGGCCUUCGAAAUACCAAUAGUCAAAUUUCAGCUUCAUUUACUUCAGAUGGAAAAUAUGUCAUAAGUGCAAGUGAAGACUCUCAGGUAUUUGUUUGGAGGCGUGAGGAGUCUCGAAACACAGGCACAGGGAAAAGAACUGUGAUGACUGCUCGAGGCCACGAACACUUCCCGUGUAAAGAUGUUUCUGUCGCAAUCGCUUGGCCUGGUACUAUAAAAGGUGAACCUCCUUCAAUGGCAAUAGCACAGUCAAGAAGGCACUCGAAACGAUCCCAACCACAGCAAACUACUACUGCAUGUGAAUCACCAACCAAAGAAGACAGCCCUCCACCAAACAACAACAAGAAGGGCUUGCCACCACUUCCCAAGAAGAACAACAACAACAAUAUAGAGAGCACUAUAACCCCUCCAGAAGAAGAUUUUGCUCAAAUCUCUAGUGCUGAUACUGGGAUUGGCGAGUCAUUAUCCAUCUCGAGGUCUUCCUCAAUAAGGCAAGGUGAUUCACCUUCCAUUUCCGCUGCUAGCAACCUAAACUCUUGUUCCUCAAUAAGAGCUGGGGAUUCGCCUUCUAUCUCUUCUGCUUCCAACCCAAGUUCUGCCUCAAUAAGAUACGGUGAUUCGCCUUCAAUAUCCUCUGCUACACAACCAUCUCCUUGGUCUACAUCUUGGUCUUGGUUCGAUGUUGGUGGUCAUGGACACCAUCCUACACAAGCAACAGCUUGGGGCCUAGUAAUCGUGACAGCCACAUUGGGUGGUGAAAUCAGGGUUUAUCAAAAUUUCGGGUUACCACGUAGAAUUGGCCGCCUCUAA